UGUCUGUGUCUCUCUCUCUCUCUCUCUCUGUUUCUUCAAAACAUCACAUUCUGAUUCAGCUGAACAUUUCCACAAACACUUCGCCACACUCUUUGACAGAACAACCCAUCACUCCCCAAAACCCUACAAUUUCUCAGUCCUGAUCGUCUUUUUCCGGCAUGUUACUCCGGCACCAUCCAAUACCCAUCUCCCCGGCGUCAAAUUUUCCUAGUUAAAUGCCCCCAAAAGCCCAUAAUUCUCACCCAACCCAACUGUUUUCAACAAUGUUCUUUGCCUGCCUUUGAUUCUCUCAAAUACCCACCAAUCUCAUCACAACCACAACCCAUUUGUUAAUUUCAGUCUUCAAUGGCUGAUUCAUCUUCAACUCCUCUUUCAUUCACUGAAGAUGUGGCUGUGAAAGCCGUGAACAAGCGAUACGAAGGUCUAGUCACGGUUCGAACCAAGGCGAUCAAAGGGAAAGGAGCUUGGUACUGGGCACAUUUCGAACCCAUUUUGAUUCGAAACCCAGAGACAACUCUUCCAAAGGCUGUCAAGCUCAAAUGCACUCUCUGCGACUCUGCUUUUUCGGCUUCGAACCCAUCUCGCACUGCUUCGGAGCAUCUCAAGAGAGGGACUUGCCCCAAUUUCACUUCCUUUUUGAAACCCAUUUCGUCAAUACCAGUCUCGCAACUGCCUCCUUUGUCUUCUCCUCCUCCUUCUCAGAAUCAUCGGAAGCGAAAUUCGCAACAUACCAACACUUCUUCGUCACGGUUUAGCGGCGUAUUGGGUUACACCCCAGUACAGUUUGAGCGAAACCCAGUUGGUUCUGUGAGUCCUACUGGGCUGAAUCAACAGAAUUUGGUUUUAUCGGGUGGAAAAGAAGAUUUGGGUGCUUUGGCAAUGUUGGAAGAUAGUGUGAAGAAGCUCAAGAGCCCCAAAUCUUCGCCUGGUCCAGCUUUGAGUAAGUGCCAGGUUGAUUCGGCAUUCGAUUUUCUUGCAGAUUGGUUCUAUGAGUCUUGUGGGUCGGUUUCAAUUUCGAGCCUUGAGCACCCAAAGUUCAAAGCUUUUCUUAACCAGGUCGGCUUGCCUGCCUUGUCCCGGCGGGAGUUUUCGUGUGCAAGGCUUGAUACGAAAUUUGGUGAAGCGAAAAAGGAGUCAGAAGCUAGAAUUAGAGAGGCUAUGUUCUUCCAAGUUGCUUCUGAUGGGUGGAAGAGCAAGAAUUGUAGCCAUGGGGAAGAGAAUUUAGUCAAGUUUAUGGUAAAUCUUCCAAAUGGGACUAGUGUCUUCCAGAAGGCGGUACUUACUGGUGGUUCUGUACCGUCGAAGUAUGCAGAGGAGAUUUUGUGGGAUGCGAUAACAGAUAUAUGUGGAAGUGUUGUGCAUAGAUGUGUAGGUAUAGUUUCUGAUAAGUAUAACGCUAAAGCAUUGAGGAAUUUGGAGAUUCAGAAUCUUUGGAUGGUUAAUUUAUCUUGUCAGCUUCAGGGGUUUAUUAGUUUGAUAAAAGAUUUUAUCAAAGAGCUUCCACUUUUUAAGGCCGUCACUGAUAAUUGCUUGAAGAUUGCGAAUGUUUUUAAUAGUAAGUCUCGGGUUAGGAAUAGUUUCCACAAGUUUCGGUCAGAGGAUGUUGAGCUUCCUGGGUUGAUUAGAGUUCCUCCACCUAAAUGUGAUAACGGGAAGAACUUUGCUUCCGUCAUUGUGAUGCUGGAGGAUAUAUUGAGCUGUGCUCAGGUUCUUCAUCUAGUAGUGUUGGAUAAUUCGUAUAAGGUGGUAUGUGCGGAGGAUCCAAUGGCAAGGGAAGUUGCGGCGAUAAUUCAAGAUGUGGGCUUUUGGAAUGACUUGGACGCUGUUCAUUCACUAGUGAAACUGAUUAGAGGCAUGGCUGAAGAGAUUGAGGCUGAGAAGCCAUUAGUUGGGCAAUGCCUUCCACUUUGGGAAGAAUUGAAGAGAAAAGUGAAGGACUGGUGUGCCAAAUUCAGGGUGGCUGAAUGUCCUGUUGAGAAGAUUGUUGAAAAGAGAUUUAAGAAAAAUUACCACCCGGCAUGGUCAGCUGCUUUUAUUCUCGACCCACAAUACUUGAUGAGGGAUGCAAGCGGAAAAUACCUUCCGCCAUUCAAGUGCUUGACACUCGAGCAAGAGAAGGAUGUGGAAAGGCUUAUAACUCGAUUGGUUUCAAGGGACGAGGCUCAUAUUGCGUUGAUGGAACUCAUGAAAUGGAGAUCAGAAGGGCUAGACCCAUUAUAUGCACAGGCAGUUCAGGUAAAACAGCGAGACCCUUUGACAGGAAAGAUGAAAAUUGCAAACCCUCAAAGCAGUAGAUUAGUGUGGGAGACUUGUCUAAAAGAGUUUAAGUUGUUGGGGAAUGUUGCAGUGAGGCUUCUCUUCCUUCAUGCUACCUCAUUUGGGUUUAAGUGCAAUUGGUCAUCUAUGAGAUGGGUUUGUGUGCAACGAAACUCAAGCGUGGGCCUGGAUAGGGCUCAGAAAAUGAUUUUUAUUGCUGCUCAUGCAAAGCUUGAAAGGCGUGAUUUUUCGAGUGAUGAAGAAAAGGACGCAGAGUUGUUAGCAAUGACAAGCAGUGAGGAUGGUGACAUGAUCAAUGAGGCCUUUGCAGAUGCAUCCUCGGUGUAAUGUUUUCUUUUUUAAGUCCUGUAAACUUCUGAAACCGCUGGGCCCGCUCUUUUGAAUUUUUAUCCUCACGUUGAGAAACUGGAGUUUUGCAUUGUCAUCAAUUAGAGUUGCUAUGAUUGCUAAAAGGUCUUGAGCAAACUGGAAGCAAGAGAGGCUGUUGACAUGGCUGAAAGGAUUGAGCAACGAACUUGGGCUGAUUUUCAUGCUGGGAGCAUCUUUGACUUAUUUCAAGAGCAACUAAAAUUCGGUGGAGCCUUGAAAGACAGCGGAUAUUGUCGGCAAGGCUGACUAAUACUGACUGCUCACCAACCAGAGGAAUGAGGAUAAAGCUUUUUCGCUCGUAUGGUAUGUCUUCAUUGUUCAUUCCACUCAUGUUUUUUGUAAAAGGGGAAAGAGAUACAAUGAUUAGUAUUGGACACCACUCUCUUUAUACAGGAAUCUUCCUCUUUUAAUGCCUUCUCAUAAUUAACCACCUCUCUUCUUCUUUUUUUCAUCUUUCUUUUAUUUCCACUUAUUCAACCCUUGAUUGUUUUUGAAUUUGAACAUAAGGAUGUAAUGUAAGUCAUAAUUGUAAUUCGUUGGUAUAUUUUUCAAA